CAAAAAACGUAUAAAAGGCCGACAGGACGAUUGUUUGGCAGAUAACAAUCGAAGAUGAGGGCAAUCGGCGUUCUAUUUUUGGUGACCAUGGCAGGCGCCAUCGCCAUGGCAGAAGAAAGCUUGCGGAGUGAACGUAGUGUUACACCAGAUAAUCAUCCUUUCUCGCAUCUGUGUGAGGCCCAGCCUGACAAGUUUCUGUGCGCAAACUGCAAAACCAUGGUUCAAUGUGUAAAAGGGCAAGCCUUCACGCGUCACUGCAUCGAGAGUCAUUACUGUUCGGUAAAGGCAGAAUUUGGAGGGGCUGUCUGCUACCCCGACGAACCUGUAGGUUGCACAUGUACAAAAGCUAACGACUUCAGCGUUGACCCUUAUGAUCCCCAGAGGUUCUUCUCGUGCAAAGACAUUGGAUCCAUGCCGGAGAGCUACAAGUGCCCAGACGGCAUGGAAUUCGAUGAAGCUUCGGCACAGUGUCAGAAUGUAGGUGACCUACCUCCAUGCACGGUUUCGGGUGUCUUUGCUAACCCUAAGAACUGCAACGAAUACUAUUCCUGCAUUUCAUUGCGGCAUGGAUGGCUGCAGAAGACUUUCCUCUGCAGCAGUAACCUGAUGUACAACCAGAUGUCUGGCACUUGUGAAGAUCCAUGCAUUUACCAGUUCGUGUGCCAGCAGGAAGGUCGUUACCCUGACCUUCUUGACAAGCGUAAUUACUUUGAGUGCUACAUUCAUGCAGGUAGCUUACUGCAAGUACGCUACCAGUGCCCUGAAGGAUACAUGUGGGAAAUCCUUUCCCCUGGCGUGGGCAAAUGCGUGGAGGACCAUGGACAGCUUGAUUCUGAUACUGCCUUCGGCCAGUGCGUGUUGCCGGACGACUUGUGUCCUAUUUCAGUUGCCACCUAAAGAAACCUCCCCUGGUCCCAACUUACACACAUCCGAUAAGUGGACCAGGCCCGGACUUCGAUUGUAUCUCAAAUUUUAAAUAAACUUUAUUUUGGAGUUCUAA